UUAUUGACAUUCAAUAUGGCGACAAUUGAUUUUGUUCUGUGCGUGCGUAGUGUCUAAGAAAAAGUUAAUUUUAUCUUUUAAAACACAAAAAUUAAGCAUGAAAUUUAGUGGAAUUGUAAAUUUAAGAAUGCUCUGAAUAAAAUUAAGUAAAAAUUUAAUGAAAAGUGUCGACGUGAAAGUGAGAAAUCUCGUGUGAAAAUUAGGGUGCUGUGCCCCGUUCUGUGUAUCGAUUUUUCACCUAAUUUUUUGUUUGGGAGAAAGUCAGAGAAAUUGUGGUCCAAAAUGGGCAAUUCCGAUGAUAUGCUGUCUAUGAACAAUCUCUACGAACACGAUUUGCAUGAUGCUCUUUUCAUGCAGAGUGUCGGUCAGGAUUGUCCGGACAUUGCCUUUGCCUACGAUGAUACCGAUGCUCAUAUGGCCGAAAUAGCUGAAUUGUAUAGCUACACAGAACAUCCGGAAUUCUCAAAGAAUGUCAAAGCCUUUGAGGAUCAAAUGGAGGCGUACAAUCUUCCGCCAAGUUGGCAAAAGCUCUCGCAAACCCAAAAGAAAUCAAUUGUCCUGAAGCUCAUGGAUCAACUGGAUUUGUCCACAAAGAGUGUGAGAAUGAAAGCUGCCAGAUGCAUUCUGUACUUGGCUCAGGGAUGCUGGGCAGAAGUACAGUCGGAUAAUGAGCAACAGCAAGUGGCCAGAGACAAUGUUAUGCUUCUCUAUGAGUUGGGCAUCUUUACAAUGUUCGUAGAACUUCUAAGUCUGGAAAUUGAGAAUGCUACCACAGCCAAUGUGGCAAUGCGAAAAGUUGCUGUUUCCCUGGCGGAUUCAGUGGAUCUGAGAGUUAUUCUCUCUGUGCUCUACAUCAUCACUGAAGUUAUUCGGAAUGAAAUGACCAGCGAACAGGAGGAAUUCCAGCAGAUUGUCGAAAAUUUCAAACAAGAGCUAUUAAGUCCGAUUGGAGAUGAAAUAUUAAUUGUGAAGCUCUUGGUGAUGAUAACGAGAUUUUGCAGUGGAUCAGCUCCACAUUUUCCCAUGAAGAAGGUACUCCUUCUUCUCUGGAAGAUCUCGCUUGUGAGUUUGGGUGGAAUGGAGACGCUCAAAAAGUUGAAAAAUGAAUAUCGUGCAAAAGCGGGCUUGCCACCCAUGACGGAUGACACCCUCGAGGUGGGCAAGUCAAUGAGGGCAAGUUCACCGCCUGCACUAGCGUCUGAUAUGAUUGACAAUCAGAAUCCAAAGCGCAAUCGUCCUUUCAGACGAGUACGUACGAACGAUAUGUUGCAAGAGAGUUUGAUGAAACAGAGCUCACUGGAUGAGCAGGAACAGAUAAAUAUGGAAGUGGAUACGCCACAGUCGGAAAGUGAGGAAGAAAUUUCAGAGUACUACAGAACUUACGAUGAUCCGACAACUCUUAAUUCUGACACAAGUGGCACGGGAAAUGGGUCAGAUACUAAAAUGAGCAAUUCUAAUAAACCCGACUGGAUGUUUAGUCCAGAACCGCAAUUGCGGAUAAUCAGUCGACUGCCAUGGACGCCAAAAGUUCGUCAGAAGGACAUUGAUAUGUUUCUCGAUGUGUCACGGACAAAGUUUAUCGGAUAUACACUCCCGGAUGACAGGGAGAGUCUAGCCGGAUUGCCACAACCGAUUCAUGAGAGUGUCAAAACUCUAAAGAAUCAUAUGUAUGUGAGCCUGGCGGAUGUGCAGAUUAAGAAAGAGGAGGAAAUUGAUAGAAAUCCCAUUUCAACGUCUGAGGGUGAAAUUGAGAUGACACCAGCUGAGAUUCUCUAUCAGGCGAUACUGCCUAAUCUUCCGCAGUGUAUGAUUGCCCUGCUGAAGAUUCUACUGGCAGCAGCACCAACGUCCAAGGCCAAAACUGAGAGUAUCAAUAUCAUGGCAGAUGUUUUGCCAGAAACAAUGCCGAUAACAGUUACACAAUCUACAAAGCUUGGCAUUGAUGUUAAUCGUCAUAAAGAGAUCAUCGUGAAGGCCGUUUCGGCUAUUCUGCUGCUAUAUCUCAAGCAUCUCAAGAUUAAUCACAUUUAUCAGUUUGAAUUCAUGUCACAACAUCUUGUUUUUGCCAAUUGCAUUCCAUUGGUCCUGAAAUUUUUCAAUCAGGACAUUAUGGGCUAUGUAGGCUCCAAAAAUACGAUUCCCAUCAUGGAUUUUCCGGCUUGUGUAAUUGGGGAACAGCCUGAACUCAAUUCAGACAGCAUGGUUAUUGGGGAUUCAGCGCCGUAUUCUUGGCGAAAUAUUUUCUCAUGCAUCAAUUUACUGCGAAUUCUCAAUAAAUUGAUUAAAUGGAAACAUUCGCGGAUUAUGAUGCUGGUGGUUUUUAAGUCAGCACCGAUUCUCAAGAGGACACUGAAGGUGCGUCAUGGACUGAUGCAGCUCUAUGUGCUGAAACUCUUGAAGAUUCAGACAAAGUAUCUGGGAAGGCAGUGGAGAAAAGUCAAUAUGAAGACUAUCAGUGCAAUCUAUUCUAAAGUUCGACAUCGGCUCAAUGAUGACUGGGCUUUUGGAAAUGAUCUCGAUGCUCGUCCCUGGGACUUCCAGGCAGAGGAAUGCACGCUGAGAGCAUGCGUAGACCGCUUCAAUAAUCGCCGCUAUCUCUCAUCCAAUGCCAGUGGAAACAAUCGUAUAGCGUCCGGGCAGGGCGAGAUGAUUGAUCUGGAUGGCGUGAUUGAUUUGUGUGCCAAUGAUUUGUACGGUCAGCAGGGCAGAUGCAUUCAAAGUGCUGCUGCUUACAGUGUUGAGGAUGUUGAGUUGAGUGAAGAAUUCAAGGAGCACUACCAUCUCUGGCUGGAGGAAGAGGUGUACAGCAUGGAAAUCAAUUGGGAUGCUCUCAUGGUGAAAGUUGAGUGAAUGUCUCUUUGUGUAGCUUGAUAAAUUACAGAUAAAAAAAACUAGCGUUUCCCCAAA